GUGUUAUCGGUUGUGUUGUUAAACAAUUUGUUGCAAUUUAACGACCAUAUUUUUCGCCCAAUUAUAAUUUAGUUUCAAAUGACGAUAAAAACACCAGUAGUCUAAUGGCCAUCAACAAAAAUGUUGAAUAAAAUAUUUUAUUUCUUUAUAGUAUCACUCCGCACGGCGUUAGGCAGUGGCGAUGGAUUAUCAUCUUUUCAACUACUCGCGCGGCUGUCUUUCCCUACUGUGGAAACAAAACCAUACAACAUGCCAAGCACGAAAGACAUAGAUCCAAAACAUAGCUAUGCGGACGAGAAAUUCGAGAAACUGAUGGAGUACACAAGUUACAUGAAUGCACGGAUAAAAGAGCCGCACAACCCUACGGAACGCAGAGAAAUCCUAGAGGCCACACAAAAGAAGCUGUUCUCAUUUAUAGACACUCACAUAAAGGAUUUGAAGCGGUUACUCUUCGAGACAGACAUGGCGCUUAUGUCGAUGGUAUUGUUAAAGUUGAACAAGAAGAUGGACACCUCGGAGGCAAAGAUUAAAUCGACGCAGGCGAAAAUACCUUUUGGAUUGUACACAAGCCCUGAGUUCAAAUGCCUAGGAACAUCUUACUAUAUCGCAUCACCGCACAAUCAAGAAGAUGUCCAGAUGAUACUGUCGAGCGAGAGGAAGCCACACUGCUACACGUUUAGAGGGGCCUUCGCUUUUAGCGGAUUUUACCACAGACACUCGGAGACCACCUACGUGGGCCCCCAUGCUGAACAGUUUCAGGCCAAAGAUCCAAGCCAAGGACUCUACUGCCACUCGGAUGACAACUGGAGCGACGCGCAAUGCAUAUACAAAAUUAACCCGAGAGAAGAAUUUCCGGAAUCUGUGGAAUACGAACCGAAGGUAUCGUACUGGUGUGGUCCGUACCGGUAUUUUAUACCUGCGACGACCGACGUGAGAUGUAUUUUCUCAAUUUUCUCCAUGAACUUCAUCCUACGGUUUGGAUACGACGGCGUUACAUAUAAGAGCUCAGAUUUGUCUUUUAUGUACCAGAAUGGACAGGUGUUCUAUACGGACGAGCCGUGGGCGGGCAUGUCUUGCUGGAACUGGGCUUGCAAGUGGCGUCACAACCAAAACCAACGAUCCAAUGAGUUUUUUGUCAACUAGUUCUUACAAAACCCGAUUCAGCCAUCAUUGCAUGCAGUGCAUUGCAUCCAAAACAGUGAAAAAGCCCCGAGCACGUCUCAC